CGCUCAGCACCGAACGAGGCUCUUGUCCUGAAACCAGAGGGACAUCAGGAGCAGGAAGCUGCAGAAGAGGCAGCAGUGGUACACAGCGUUGUGCGACAUUUUUUACUCCUACUUUAAAAAAGAAAACGAAUUGUUUUUAAAAUGUGCGUUUAACGCAUUAAAGCUCUUAAUCAUCGUCGGCUGUGCGCCAACUUUUUGUUCUUUUCAUUCAAUUUCGCGCGUUUGUUUUUAAGACCCUGCUAAUCUAAUACUUAACAUCUCUGCGGUUUAAAUCUCUUCGUUAUUUUCUUUCUUUCUCUCUUUUUUUUAUUUUAUUUUUUUAUUGUUUUGGGGGAAAACAUGUCUCGGAAGAAGGCAGCUAAAGGAAAAGCAGCAAAUAGUAAACAUUCAGCAGGCAGCCCCUCCGGGAGAGGCACCGUGAAAGCUGCGAGGAGCAGUCCGAGCAUCGUUCAGAUGAACGGCGUGGUCCAUCCAAGCAGACCCUCCAUCAGCAACAGCAACGAGUUUUAUGACAUCGCUUUCAAGGUUAUGCUUGUUGGAGACUCUGGGGUUGGAAAAACCUGUCUGCUGGUCCGUUUCAAAGAUGGGGCUUUCCUUGCUGGCAGCUUUAUUUCCACUGUGGGAAUCGACUUUAGGAAUAAAGUGAUGACCAUUGAUGGAGUCAAGGUGAAAUUGCAGAUCUGGGACACAGCUGGACAGGAGCGCUUUCGCAGUGUAACUCAUGCCUACUAUCGUGAUGCUCAUGCUCUUCUCUUGUUGUACGAUGUCACCAACAAAUCGUCCUUUGACAACAUACAGGCAUGGCUGACUGAGAUCCAUGAAUACGCCCAACAGGAUGCGGUGCUCAUGCUGCUUGGAAACAAGGCUGAUGCAACUCAUAACCGUGUGGUAAAAAGAGAAGAUGGUGAGAAGCUUGCCAAGGAGUUUGGGGUUCCUUUUAUGGAAACCAGUUCCAGGUCAGGCCUGAAUGUAGAGCUGGCUUUCACUGCUGUGGCCAAGGAGCUGAAAUACAGGUCAAUGAAGGAUCCGAGUGAAAAGUUUAAGCUGCAUGAGUAUGUGAGCAAGGAGAUGAAAGGUGCUGGCUGCUGUGGGACCUAAGUGGUUGAGAGUUUGGGUUCAUGUCCUGAUUAAAUAUAAUUUUAAUCUUGGAUAUCAUCUCUGGACUUAUCAAGAACCACAAGCAUCUCUUCCUGGCCUUUUGUUCUGCUGGUUUUAAUCUACCAUGAUGCUUUUCUUCACCUGCCUUUUUCUUUAACUGUAAACGGAGACCAAGGUUAGGAUUGAAAAAUAACAAGAGAACAGCUCAAUUAGAUGUAAUUCUGCUUAUAAUCAUUUUUGCCUCUCAAUGCAGUGUCACAGUCUUAUGACCAUUAACAUAAUAUGUUACUUUGUGUGGGUUAUUAUUUAAUUAUUUUAAUUUUAUCAUAAGAUUCUUCUUUAUUUUGAGAAGAUAAUUUCGUAAGGCAGUUAUGUCUAACAUCUACCCAUUAUAUCCAUUUUGGCUUUCCUUUUUGUUAAAAUGUUGCAUAUUAACCCUUGAAA